GUCGCUCCGGGUGGCGCUUGAACGCACUGUCGUCCCGGCUCCAGUCGGCCCCGUUCUCUGUGUCCCGCUCUCUCCUCUCCGGCCGCUCUCUCCUCUGCGGAGAGGGACGGGCGGGGCUCAGAGCGGCCCACCGCGACCUUCGCCGUGCGCCGCGCCGCCGCGCCGGUCGCUGUCAGUGGAGCGCCGUGUGUGACCGGCGCCGGAUGUCCGCCAUCCUGCGGACCGUGUCCAGUGUCCACAUAGUGCGGCGGCGGACCGGUGUAUCCGACAGGUGUGCUGCGGAUCUCGGUGUGGUGUCCGAUCGGGGACGGUCUGAAAGGAGGGUGGGAUAGUGCGUAAGGCGGCCGGGACGCUCCGAUAAUGGGAAAGCCGGCGGUGCGCGCUAUGGAAGCAGGCGACUCGCAGCUCUCCGAUUCGGAGGACUCGGCUGACACGGUGCUGGUGCCGGGCGCUCGCCGAGCUCUCUGGGAGGCGCGCGCCCGAACGGCCCCCGCCCAGAGGUGCGCCAAGGUCUACACCUGGCUCAAGAUGGAGGACGAGAACGGCAACCGGCUGCCGGUGCCGCUGCAGAACAGCUUUGAGGACCUGUUCGCGGCGCCGAUCCGCACGGUGGCGAGCUCGGCAGCCGGCGGCUCCAAGGGGUCGCCGGGCCCCCGGCCUGCCCAGCAGAAAGACGGCAGUGAAUCCAAGAAACGGACACUGGAUGGCUCCAAGGACAAUGUGAGCGGUGAUGUUAAACGGACAAAGGUGGAAAACGGACCAGUGCCAGUGACAGACCGAAAAGUACAAAGCUCCAGGGGGGACAGUGCGAGUGAGAGGGGGGCGUUUUCCAGGGGAAAAGAUUCUGUGCCUACGAAAAACCACAAAGUACAAAGUGACGAAAAGAGAGUGUCGAGUGACAAAGGCUCGUCCUCGAAAGAGUCGGGUCACAGCUCGGGUAGCCACCGAGACAAGUCGAAAGAACAUCGGAAGCGCGACUCCUCGGAGCGCAGCGGCGGCUCGUCAGAGCGCAGUAAGGCGGGCAGUGAUAGCGCGCGCUCACGGACCACCAGCGGCGGCUCGUCCGGCUGCGGCUCCGGGACAUCCCCGCGCAGCGGCUCGUCCAGCUCAGACCGCAAGUCCACCGCGUCCGCCAGCCGCCAGUCGUCCUCCGGCUCCAGACCAGCCCACAAGUCGAGCAGCAAAAACAAGCCUCACAGGAGAUCAUCUGCCGAAUCGUCUGCGUCGGAGGUCGGCUCCGCGAAAGGUGGCGACAAGAUAAAGUCGCCUUGUAAGGGCGAAAAGGAUAAGGCCAAAAGCGUUCCAGCUAAAAGUGCCGAGAAGUCGAAGGAUAAGGAAAAGAGUGCAUCAAACCCCAAGCCGUCUACCUCCAAAUCCCAUAAUGACAGAAACGCUACGACCACCAGUGUAAUUGAGAGCACCACAAGUGCCCUCUCUGUCGAACCCAACGGUACAAAGAAAGUACGCUUGAAGCAUGCCAGCAAGUCAGGUGAUAAAGAUGGAAAAUCCUCAUCGUCAAAAUCAUCGGAGAAACCAUCCAGUUCGACAUCAGAUAAAGGAAGGGCAACAUCGGUCGAAAAAAGCACCAAAUCGAACUGCCCUGACUCCCCACAGAACCACUCGAGUGACAAACAUUCCACGAAACAUCAAAAACGUAGCCAAAGUAAAAACCGGCACAAAGAUACUUCUGACAGCGAAAAGAAAUCAAAAUCCAAGGAGCAUUCAAAACAAGAGAAGCGUAAAAGCAGCACAAAAUCACAUAAAGAAGAAACAUCCGCUAGUGUGGGAUGCUCAGAAUCGAAAAAGAGAGGCGAGAAAAGCUCUCCGACGCGAGAGCAUUCUGACAGCAAGAAGAAGACCAAAGAAGCAACUGCCGGCAAUGGCAGUUCGGCACCAUCGGCACAUGCCCCGGACAAUCCACAGUGCGACACGGAGCGCGCGAAUAAAACGUGCGAUGGUACCGGAAGCUUAGACUCGAAGACGCCGAGUCCCAUAAUCGAGGACAAAACUCGACCCAGGUCCAAUAGUUCUGGUUACAAUGACUCAGGUUCAUGCAGUUCAGAUUUACUGUCUGAAGAGAAGCAACCGAGCCUUUCGCACUCGAAUCGUGUGAAAAUAGAAAAGGUGGAUGCCCAUACUGAAAGUCCGGGAGACGGCCAUGUUUCUGCGGGGGCAGCGGACAUGCCACCUGAUGAGACCUCGUGCAGAAAUGGGGACCGCCACUCGCCGAGUCACGAAGACGUCUCUGGGCCGGGCCGACCGGGGGAUGGUGCCGGCGAUAUCCCCAAACACCCUCCGGCAAGUCCGUCAGAUGAUGGCAGUGUUGACUCUGUCCUGGACGACCCUGACAUGGAGGGGUUCGACGAGUUCCUCGAGAACCUGGAGCGGGACAUCACAGAGGGUGACUACUCUGGCCUGAAGGGCGCGCUCUCGUCGGAGCACAACAGUCAGGAGACGGAGGCCGACCCGCCCGUCAGAGUGAAGCAAGAGCCGGCUGAUGACGGUCCCGUUGACGUGGAUCCUCUGUCCGAUCAGGCGAUAGAGGAGACCGAGUCGGUGCCAGUAGAGACAGCAGACGCUGCACCAAAGCCGACGGAGGCGUCAACAGCGUUCGUUGCGCCGGAAGAGCCAGGGCUGUUCAGCUCUCGGUCGGUUCAGGGUCGGAUCAGCCCACUUCAGCCCGUUUCCGAUGACGGUUCGACCGGUGUCGGCGCGCCACCGCCCAGUGGGAGCGAUGCUGUGUGCGGUAUCGCCGGUACACCGCCGCGCCGGUCACUGUGGAGUGACUCGGAACAGACCAUCCCUCUGCUGGAGCCCACGUCACCAGUGACCCUCCCCCGGUCACCGCACCGGUCGGCCGCUGCUGCCGCUAACGACUCCAGCGCUGUACCACCCGACGGGGCGACGAGCCGGGCGCCUGAUGACUGGACGGUCCCAGCCGACCUGCCGGCCCCCCGCGCCAGCGAAGCUCCAUCCGUAGACCAGCCGCCUCUCAUCAGUAUCUCUUCCAGCGACGACGAUGAUGGAACUCGCCGAGCUCCACCAUCACCGAAGCACAUCUUCACGCUCUCCAGUGACAGUGACGAGCCAGAUGUGAUCUGUAUGCUGAAAGCGCGCCGACGGCAGGCCGAAACGUCUCAGAGUGGUGUACAGAGCCCGCUGAAACGCGCCGCACACGAGCCUCCUGAAGACUGCAGGCCGGAGAAGCGUGCCGCGCGCCUGAGUGGAGAGGAUGUGAUGACGUCAGAUGUGGAGGACGAUAUUCUCACCGAGGACCUAGUGGCAUCGCCGGCCUCGUCCCAGCGCGACGACAUGCGCCACGAAUCACUGGAAGAUUCCACACAUUGGGAGCAGCUGGAAAGGGUGGAUUCGGUUGCUGGAGAUAGCACGAUGGAUGGGGACGGCGUGCCGUCCGAGAGCGCUCCUAUCUUCACCGCCGGCGCUAACGCUGUCUCUUCUGACACUGCCGUCGCUGCCACUGACGACAGUGCUGUCUUUCCUGAUGCCACUGUCAGUGAUAGCGCUGUCUCUCCUGCCGCUGCAUCCGCUGCCUCUCCGCCCGCCAGCGCCGCUCCUGCCGACUCUGAGCCCACUGCCAGCGCCGCGGCGGGCACUGGUACCUCGCUGGCGGACCGGCUGGAGGACAUCGAACGCCUCCUGGCGCGCGUGUCGGCGGCGGCGCCGAGUGGCGUCGAGUUCGACAGCGCGCGCGUCACCCUGGACCGUCUGCGCGAGCUGCUGCGCCUGACGGCCGACGACAGGGAGCUGGACGGCGAGCACUUUCUGCAGAUGUGCUCCAUCGCGGUGCGCAGCGUGCUCUGCGCCGCCUGUCAGGUGCUCGACGUGCCUGAGAAGGGCGAGGAGGGUGCCGGGCCGGAAGGAGAGCAGGGCGGACCCCUGCCGACCGACAACGAGCGCCUCACGGAGACGGCGACUGGGGCCAGCGAGGCUGACGAACAUCGGAGCCAGCACACCUGGAAACAGCUGUCACCCAGCAUACCGCCCGAGCUCUGCACGCCCAUUAAAGAUGCCUUCGGGGAGCAGUACUUGAGCUCGCUGCCGCCGGAGCGCGCCGGCCGGCUGGUGCUGACGGCGCUGCGCCGGCUCGGCCCCGACUACUGCCCCACGCUCGUCAGCGGCAGUCAGCUCAGCGCCGUCUUUACCGCCACGGAGCUCGGCCGGGCCACCCAGUGGCCGGGCGGUAAGCGCUGGGGCAAUCAGAUCUUCUCCGUGUACUGGAGUCACCUGAACGCGGACAGCGGCGCCCGUGGUCGGCUCCAGCGCGAACUGCUCUCGGGCUUCGACCUGCUGUUCCGGCCGCCGCCGGUGGAAUGCCCCGACACGAACCUCAAACAGAAUAUGGACGCGCACUGCGAGUUCCUGCCGCUCAACCCGUUCUGCGUCAACGAGACUGGGGUGGUGGCCGGCGCGGUCGGCGGUCCGCCGGGCGUGUGUCGGCCCGACCGUCCCCAGUGGCGGGCGGAGACACUGCACGGCGCCCAGGACACCCUGCCCGGCUCCUCACCGCAUCCUGACCCCACGAGACCUCCUCACAGCGCCCCUGUGGCGCCGCCACAUCCCCCGCCGCUGCUGACGCCGCCUGCGAAACCGCCGCCUCCGCCGCCGACAAAGUCGCCUCCGAAGCCGUCGUCGCCGCCGGCUUCGACCCAGGCUGCUGACGCGGCCAGCCCGGAGCCACAAACCGCCUCCGGCUCCCCGGCACCACAGGUCGACUCUGAGAGGGAGCAGCUCUCUGGGUCAGGAGCCGAGGAGCAGCUCUCUGUGUCAGGAGCUGAGGAGCAGCUCUCAGGUACCGAGGAGCAGCUCCCGGGGACCGAGUCGUGUUCACAGCAUGCAGAGUCGGAGCCAGAGACCGUACACAGGGCGGAACAGGAGUCUGAGCCAGCGCUGAGCUGCGGCCCGGAGCCGCCGCAGGAGUUGGAGCAGGAGCUGGUCAGCAGUCAGGAGUUGGAGCUGGGCGCGGAGCUGGAGCUGGAGCCGGACCGCGCCACUCCCGCCCGGUCACCGGACGGGGAUUCGGACCGAGCGUCUCUCUCCGAGCAGGACUAUGACUCGGACAUGAGUCUCGGCAUCAGCUCCAUGGAGGACGGAGAGCUGGGCUACGACCCGGGCGAGCUGAGCGACGCGCCGCCCGAUACCAACCAGCCGGCGGCCGCGGAAUCCGACACGCCCGCCAGGCCCGCCACGGGACAGGCUGAGGCGUCCGCCGGGCCCGCCACGGGGCAGGCUGAGGCUCCCGCUAGGCUCGCCACGGGACAGGCUGAGGCGCCCGCUAGGCCCGCUACGGGACAGGCCAAGCUGCCAGCCGGGCCCGCCACGGGGGAGGGCGAGGCGCCCGCCGGACCCGUCUCGGUACAGGCAGAGACGCCCGCCAGACCCGUCUCGGGACAGGCAGAAACGCCCGCCGGACCCACCACAGGACAGGCCGAGGUGAUCGCCAAGUUCGCCUCCGAGCAGGACGGACGGACCGCCAGUGCCGUCUCUGAACAGGACGGACGGACCGCCAGUGCCGAGUCUGUGACGUCUGAUCAGCAAGACUCUGACUCCCUGGAGGAGGGCGAGCUCGUGUCGAGCAGUGGCGAGGAUCUCGAGCCGCCGGCCGUCCGACCCCGCAGCCGGGAGCUACCCCUGCAGUACCGUCAGCCGCCGGCCGGCCGGCGCUACUCCCGCACACCGCCCAGACGACCACCGUCGCACGCUCCGAGUCCGAACCGAGCGCCGCGCCGCCGGUCGGGCGUCACUGCGGUGAGCGUCGUCCUGCCGCCGAGCCGAGCCGCGCCGGUGAUCCGCCAGAUCGCGAUCGACCAGCAGCCGUUCCCAAUGCCAAACAGUCGCCGCGGAGACCGGCGGGCAGCGGCGGCGGACGACGAGGCGGAGGAUAUCUCGAGCGACGCAAGCCUGGGUACCGACUCGGCGGCAGUUCGUGCUGGCGCAGAUGCACCCGGAACACCACCGGCCCAGCCAAGGACGGAGACACCGGUGAUGACGGCGCCGGCGGCGGAGUCUGACGGCGCAGCCCCUGAGACCAGCCCAGCCGACGUGUCGCCCAGUAAACGACACAUCAUCAACGUCGACCUAAUGCGGCAGCGGCUGGCCGCCGUCCGGCAGCAGCACAGUCUCAUCCAGCCGGCGGCCGCCGUGGCGCUCUCGGACGCGCUGGAGCUGACAGAGUCCGUAUCGUCGGACAGCCUGCCGGCCACGGCUCCAUCAGCAGCGGGCGCUGAGGACAGAGAGCAGCCGGAGCACCCACCGCAGCAGCAGCGGGAACAGGAAACAGAGUCGGGCGAGCAGACACUGAGUGAGAUCAGCCGGGAGGAGUCCGGUGGGUCUCCACGGCCCAGCUCCCAGCUGUCGGAGGUCUCUGUCAGCUCCGCGGCUAGUCGGUCAGAGCCGGAGAAGCGGACGGGGUCGCCACUGGAGCAGCCGCCGGAGCAGCCGCCGCGUGUGGACCAACCGUCAGCGGCGCCGCCAGACGAGUCUGACGCGCUCUCAGCGCAGCCUUCGACCAGCGAGGCCGCCGCCCGGAACCGAGUCACCCGCAAGGAGCGGCCGGUGACCGCCGGCGCCCCGGCCGUCCGCCAGUCCUCGCCGGCUGUCCGAACGCCAGCGGCCGGGGAUGCGCGGCCGGGCGUCUCCAGCUCGGACUCCGAGUCAGACACGGUGCGCGUGGUGGAGGACACGAGCGACCCGGAGCUGGAGGCAGCGCCGGCGCCGGCUCCGACCCCGUCUCCGACGGGCCGCGUGCGCAGCAGCCGGCCGGCCGAGCGGCGUGCCGGCGCCCGGCGCAGCUCAGAGGGCGGCUACUGGGCCCGCUUGUGAGACCACCUGCUCACCAUCGUCUCCGACCGAGACCCUGGUGGCGCUGCUGGCCGCCACCUUCGGAGCUGUGACCCAACGCGGCCCGGCCGGAGGAGCGGCGACCGCGGCCAGAGCGCCGCCCGCGGCCGGAGCGGCGACCGCGACCAGUCAGGAGGCACAGGCCGCCGAUACGCCCCACCAGGAGACACAGUCACCGCGUGUGUCCAGUCCGGAUACAGGAGCUGUGUCCGCUGGGGAUACAGGGACUGUGUCCAGUCAGACACAGUCCCCGGGUGUGUCCAGUCAGGAUACAGGGCCGCCGGACGGGCCGGCACCGGAGGCGAAUGAUACAGACAAUCACAGCCAGGAACCUGAGUCGCUAGAUAGCUCUAGUCAUCGUGCAGUAUCCGUGAACGAUGAUCCAACAUCAGUGGCAGCAGACCAAUCUGAUCAGGCUACAAAGUCUGCAGCUCAGUCCACCCAACCGAUCGGACAUGCUGACAGCUCUUGCCAGUCCGCAAAUUCCGAUGGCACAUCUUACAAGCUGGACGACAACCAAGCUAUGCAAUCUGCAAGUCAGUCAAAACAAGAUGUACCUGAAAAUCACAGCCCAAAACAAGAUGCAUCUGAAAAUCCCAGCCUAAAGCAUAAUGUAUCUGAAAAGCUCAGCCAAGAGACUAACACAACAAUGAAUAGUACCCAAUCGACAGAUCCUACUGAAGAACGAACCCAGGGGAUGUCUGAAGACAGCGCCACUCACGCGGAAUCUCCUGCCGGGAAGUCUGCAGCUGUGUUAUCGGAGAGCGAGUCUCGGCCGACCGACCCCGAUGCGGCUUCAGAGACCGACGUUGGACCUCCUCUGGAGCGGACACCCAGCCUGACGUGCUCGAGCUUAGGCAGCGCCCCAGAGCUGGUGCUGGACACGUGGGGUGAGCUGGAUGACACCGGCGCCGAGCCGCCGCCACCAUCAGCCGCGCAGCCGUCCACCGAGCCGUCGUCCCCGGGACGCUCUACGGAGCCCGUCUCUCCGGAGCUUACUACCAAACCCGCAUCUCGGGGACGCUCUACCAAACCCGCAUCUCCAGGACGCUCCACGGGGCCCGUCUCUUCGGAGCGUACUACCAAACCCGUCUCUCCUGGACGUUCGACCAAACCUGUCUCUCUGGGACGCUCCACGGGGCCCGUCUCUUCGGAGCGUACUACCAAACCCGUCUCUCCUGGACGUUCGACCAAACCUGUCUCUCUGGGACGCUCCACCGAGCCCGUCUCUCCGGAGCGUACUACCAAAGGUUUAUCCUUGGAAAGUUCUACCAAGCCCAUCUCUCGAGAACUUUCUACAGAGCCCGUCUCUUCAGAAUGCUCUACCAAUCCCGUCUCUCCGGAAAGUUCUACCAAACCUAUCUCUCCGGAAAGGUCUACCAAGUCUGUUCCUGUGGAAAGUUCUACCAAAUCUCCGGACAGCUCUACCAAGUCUGUUCCCGUGGAAAGUUCUACGAAGCCCUCCUGUCCGGAGCGUUCUACGCAGCCUGUCUCUCCAGGACGUUCUACGAGAUCUGACUCCCCGACGAGUGCGAUCGAAAUCAUCACAUCUGAGUCGGAGCUCGACUUGACGCCAAAGUCUGGGGCGAAGUCUGAACCGGAAAAGAAGCCGGACCCGGCACCGGGGCCGCGGCCGCAGCCCGGUCGCUGUAGCGACUGCGGCGAGAUGCUGGAGGCCCUCUUCGGCAGCGUUUUGCUGCGUCACCGCAAGGUGUGCAAAGGCCGCCAGCUAAAGCGGUGCCGUCAGUGCGACGCGCUCGUGGCCCGGUGUCGGCUCGCGAUACACCGUGAACGUGACUGCGCCAUGCGGCCGGCCAGGCGGCAGAAAGUCUUUGGCGGCCCAGGCGGCGUCUGCAUGCACUGUAAGGAGCUGGUAGACAACUUUACGACACACAACCCGAUCUGCCGGCAGAGGUACGGCGGGCGGGCGGCGGAGCGGGGCCGCGCGUGCGACCGCUGCCAGCAGCUGGUGCACGGCCCGUUCGCCAUUCACAGGACCCGCUGCCCGGCGCGGAGGGGCCGGGGCGCCCGCAGGCCCCCGGGCCGCUGAGACACACUCGCGGACAGGACACGGGGGAACACCGGCCCAGUGGUGCCACUGCUAAUUUGCUCAGGUGUGAGACUGAUACUAUGCGUUGGGGCGUGUGUAAAGGGCUGUGAUAGGAUUAGUUUAGUUGCAGUGCGGAUCGGUAUCGCGUGGGGUGUCCGGGUUUCCAAGGAGUGCACUUGAUUGUUACAUCAUGCCACGGAUAGUGAGAAAUUGUGAGCGUGGUUUGGUAUAUUGGAGUGUGCUGGGCGAGAAGUGCGUGUUCUGGUCGUCAGUGCCGGGGGCGGCGCGGUAUGCAGUGUUCCUGUCAUUGCCACGUUCUGUAGUCUAUACCAUUGCGCCUGGUCUCAUCAUGCCGGUGAUACCGUCUGAUUCUCAGCCUUCAUCGCGGUAUGGUCGUAGUAUCGUCAGUUGUAUUCAAUGAACGGUGUAUAUUUUUAUAUUUCACUGAGAAAGUGUUUUCGCUGGCAUUAUUGUGUUCAUUGAAUCAAAUACACCUGUUUUACGACCCA